UCCCCUCCGAGUCAAUCUCUGAUCACUCUCAGCUAGCUGCACUACCUCCUCCUUGGUCCUUUCAGCGGAUCAUUGAGAGAAUGUAUUUGUAAAUAAACUGCUGAUACUGUUGUAGAAAGCCUGAAAGGGGAAAGAACAAGGAAAUAGUCCCUCGGCCCUGCCUUCCGUCUUCAUGGUAUUGGUAGUCGCUUGCUUGAUCGAAGAUUGAGGUUAGCAUUCAUGACAUCAACCGGUCCUAGGUCUUGCACUGACUUUGAUCGACUCCAGGACCUGUGCCUAGCGGACUGCUGGCGGUGUUAGUUUUGAAGAAAAAAGCACAGUGCAUGUACGAGUGUAGACAGUUGUGACCAUGUCCCAGUUCCGAGCCAGGGAAUGGUGGCGAACAGUAGCGGGAGACGGCAACGAAGAGUUCAACCCGUCGGCGAUGUGCGUGGCCAACUGCGACAACCAACCAACAGGUAGCAAGAUCGUGGUGGGCAGCCUGAAGGGCUGCCUGCGCGUGUACCAGCCAACACCGAAUGGCUUCCAAGCCAGCGAUGUACUGGCGGAAAAGAACCUGGGAGGCGAUCCCAUCCUGCAGGUGAUGUGUGGUCGGUUCGGUGCGCACGACAAGGACAUUAGCAUUGCUGUGCUCAUGCCAAGGCGCUUGGCUGUCUACAGUCUGAGGAAGCAGAGCAAAUCAGCACAGGCUGCCAGUGGUGCUACCACUGGUGGCAGUAGCGAUAGUCAGGCGGGUGCAGCAUACACACUCGAGGAAUGCUACCGCCACGCGCUGAAACACGUUGCUUACAACAUGUGCCAGGGCUCAUUCGGCAAAACCGACGGCACCGAGUGCAUCUGCGUGCAGAGCCUGGACGGCAUGAUCUACACGUUUGACGCGGCCGUCCUGCAUUAUGGUUGCUAUCUACCUAGCUUUCUGCUGCCGGGACCCAUCGCGUACAGCCAGAGUCUGACUGCAUUGCUGACAGCUUCGAGCACACGCCAGGUACAGUGUUUCAAGUACACGGCCAUUGCCAAGGCUGCUACGAGCCACGGGCUUGACACCCUGGCAUCACAGUCCACGCAGCGCGUAUCUCCCGAUUGGUCCGUUGACCUGGGAGAGAUGAUCCUGGACAUCCAUGAGGUGAUGAUAGACUACGAUCGAAAACGAGCGGUGCCGGGAAUAGGUGACGUUGAAGAGGACGAAGACGACACGUGCCUGAUGGUGCUGGGAGAGCGGUCACUCUUCUGCAUAGGUAUGAACGGUGUCAUUCUCUUCGCCAAGAAGCUAGACUCACCGGCCUCCUGCUUUGCGCCGUAUGCACUGAGCUGUGCCCGGCCCGACAGGGCGGGCGAGAAGCCGUCCGUGGAGGUGCUGACGCUGCUAUCGUAUCACGACAGCGGCUCCCUGGCCGUGCUCAGCAACACGCGCCUAGCGUGGGCCACCAACUUCCCAACGUCCACUCCGAUAGCAGUGGCAGUGGCGUCUUUCGGCAGCCAGGACAAGGAGCAGCGUGGCCUGAUCGUAACAUUAGGUGACAACGGCUGCAUCACAUGCUCCUACCUGGGAACCGAGCCUCUACAACAAGUCAACCCACUCUCACAGAGACGCAAUACGGACGUGACAACAGGCGAUAUUGAAAAACUCAUGCAGCUCAUCGACUCCAUUGAAAAGCGCGAGGCACCGCCGGAGGACAUUGAUGUGAAAAAGGUGACGACAGAGCUGCGUGUUGAAACCCAGCAGAGACUGAUCAUGGAGCUUCCACCUGGAGAGCUCGUGGCUUGUUUUGGCGAGGGAAAUGAGGGCGCUCCUCGGCCAUGCGCAGUCGUCAAGCUCACAAUACAUGCCCCGAGUGAAGGUGGUGCACACGAAGUCGCCGUUACUGUACGCUGUGUCGAGCCCGUCAUCGUCAACCCGCCUGGUAUAGUCGUCAGUCGGGUCGCUGCUGGAAGCUCCUCCGAGCUCCUUUUCCACUUUUUCGUCGCUAGCGACACAACCGUAUGCAAUGCGUCGGCUACAGUUGUGGCUUCUUACACGUCCGCCACUGGAUAUCCCAAUUCACUGGUGCAUAACAUCAGACUACCCAUUACACUCUUUGCCAAGUCCGUCAAGGUGGUGAAAGAUGCGGCGUGCAAGAUGGUCCUCAAUAGCAACAAACCGUGCGUCGACCUGUUGGAGCUGUUCAGCGAUGUUGAACGCCAGACUGAGUCCCAGAAUCACAACGCCCUGACGCUUAGUCUCCCUGGCGGCAUGUCUGUAUCAAUACUGGCCGCCAAGCACUCCAACCGCUAUCGCAUUCAGAGCGAGGUCUUCCAGGCUCUCUGGAUGGUGAUGGAAGAAUUUGCAGACAGGCUGGAAAAGUACUUCUCCACUACCGACUCGACCAAGAGUCAGACAGCUCCAUUGGAGCUGAGCAUAACAAGCGAUCUACCACUGAAGGAGUAUUUUGCACUGAUUGAUGACCACCUGGAGAAGCGGAAAGCGCUCAACGAGUCUCUCACCUCCCUGGAGCAGCGAGCUGCUGAGUUUCGCAUGCUACAGAAGCGCUUGCUGAUUCGCAUAAAGCAGCAGACACCCACCCAUCUGGGAUGCCUGGACAUGCUGCUCAGUCGUAGCUACCAGCACAUUAUGGACAUCCUGGACAUAGAGGAGACACAGCGCCAGGAACUGAAUCGCAGCAGUGUGGAGUUAAGUGCUGGUACACGUACCAUGCUCAUUCUUCUGCGCUUCUACCUGCGCCUGACGCCGGAAGAGGUUGAGAUGUUCGGGGCAGUCCUCUCUCCUGAGAUCAGUUCGCCAACCGACCCAAUUGGCUGGGAGGAGAUGACAGAUGCGUCGCUAAUACACGUCAUCAGCACUCAUUUCCACAAGACCAAAGAUGAGUCGGAGGUUGUGCUCGAUACAAAUCUGACCAUGCCAAGCAGCUCGAUCGAGCUGAAGCGGCAUAUUGCUCUGCUCAUCAAACGAGUGCAGAAUUCGAGGGGUCUUGCUGAGCCAGAGGCCGAAGCUGCUGACUAGCGCCGCAUCGUGAAAGCCGUACACACCUGCUGCAAGGAUUUUGAACACGGGUGACAGUCGGCUGCAUAGAAGUUAGCACUUUCCUACAGUGGUGUUCUGACCUUGAGUGACAGAAGCGCGAUGUCAAACAGACCUGGCAGUGAAUACCAACAGGGUUGUCCGGAAAUAGGCGUCACUCACACCAACGACGAUAUUCGCAAGCUUAGAUCCCGUGAUUUGAAACAGCAUCUCUUCACUGUAAGGCGUGGAGUGGACUCACCUGAUGAUGGCAUCAACACUGAAGUUGCCAGUGUCCAAGUGCGUUCAGCUGACUUGGUAAGCACAUCUCAGUGUCGGGUUGGCGAUAACUUAAAUAUCCCGGAAACAAUGGUUUCGGCUCCGCCCCGUUCACGGACCACAUGGACGCUGCGUCAUAAAGCUGGAUUUGUAGUGUCACCAAUUCCGACUUCCACUAUCACUGCAUGUGUGUGUGUGUGUGUGUGUGUGUGUGUGUGUGUGUGUGUGUGUGUGUGUGUGUGUGUGUGUGUGUGUGUGUGUCCACACAAGCUAGGCUGUGCACAUCUAGUAGUAGCACUUCACUGCCAGCACUAUACCAAAUGCAGGUCUUUGACGUUUAGCGUUCUAUAAUGUGCUCUCCCCAGUCUCUUAUGCCAAAGGGCCACAUCGUGCUGUAUGUACUUUGUAGUGACCUGACAGUUUCAUUUGCCUUUUCAGUCGAAGAGUCCAUGAAGUUGACUAGGAGCUAGCACUGCUGACUGUACAGUUGUGGUGCCAAUUGCAUUUCGUGCUCACGGUCUGUCCUCUUGAGAGACACUGCGUUUGCAACAUUGACCAGUCGUCCAAGCAGCUCCAGACUGCCAGCCUUGAGCGCCUAUUGAAUCAUUGUCUAUAAGCCGGCGUAAUAAGCAUUGUUCAUAAACCAGCAUACUGACCAUUGUUUGUGCAGUGUAACGUUAUAAUUAUUAUGUCGCUAGUCUCAGGUACGCGACAUGGUCUGUGCCACUCAAGUACAGCCUCCCUGCAUGCUAGACUGUCUGCUUACACCUUGCCACACCAGCAUGAUGUACUUGACAGUAGACCCCAUAUCAUACCCAGGCUAGCCAACCAUCAACUAGAAUCAUAAUCGGUUAUUUGGAUAUUGUUGUAACAUUGCCGUAUUGACUAGUACUACUGUAUACCGGCACACAUACUGUGACAUAGUUUAGUCUCGGAUGAUCAUACUGCUGCACUAGCAAUGAGAAAUAUCACCAGCCUCUGUUAUUUUUAUAAUUAUUUUUAUUUUUAUUACUUCUUUUGAAGUAUACUGAAAGGGACGCUACUGGCCAA